UGGUGACAAUCUGAAUGAAAGAAAUAAUUAAUUAAUUAAAUAUAUUAUACUACGUGGAGGAGGGUUUGGGGAUGCCAUCUGCAUCGUCGGCGCGAGCUAGAGUACCGAUCGGUGAUUUUCGUCACCGAAUCGGAGACUACCGCUAGCAAACAGAGCAGGAGACUCGAAGGUGGGGCUCCACUCGUCAGUUCGGAUGACCAGGCGAAAGACCAGUCCCGAGGCAGGGUGGAGCUGGGCGCGCGUGGUUACAAGGCACGGCGGCCAUGGCAGUCCGGCUUUUACUCCAGAAAAGGAGGGCCUGCCUUCAGAGGAGACAUGGCUGGAUGAAGGGCAGUAGGGGUGGGCGCGGUCCGGUCCGGCCCAAUAUUUGGCCGAACCCGUACCCGUACCGUUACUAUUCAAACGGUUCGGUUCGGUUCGAUCUUAGACCUAAACCCAUUUUUCGGUCUGGUACCAUGUCGGUUCGGUUCGGUACCAUGUCGGUUCGGUAUUUUUGCCCGCCCCUAGGGCAGUCCCCAAAUGGUCGGUUGGAGCAUGUGAACGGAUUUGGGGUGAGCGAAUUCAACCCUGCCGAAUAGAUUGGGGCUCGUACAGAUCUUGAGGCAAUCAACAGUGGCCAUCGGGUGGAAGAGGGAGGAAAGCUGAAGCAAAGUUUCACGAUGAAUGGAUGGCUCCUCAAAAUGCAGAAGAAUUUGAUUUCUCCAUUGAGAAAGUUGCUUGUCUCUUCUUUGGGUAAUUUGACUUUGACGCCUACACACGAAACAAAAGCUGAAACAAAAGCUGAAACAAAAGCUGAUACGAAGGAAAUAGGAAUUUCUGUGUCAGGUGAUGUUCAUCCUGGAUGGGAUUUUCCAGAACUUACAGCUGAUUUUGCUGAAGCUCUUGCUUGUGAGGGAGGAUAUGAUAUUCCAGACUUUUCAUUUUCGGGGAUGAAUUUAUUGGACAUGUCUCAGAGAACGAGAAGAAGAUUCCCAUCUCGGCGGAGGGUGAUCUUUGGGACUCGGAUACUAAUGAGGUUAUUUGCCAAAAAGCUUUGUUGGUUACACGAGAUAACUGUUUCCCCAAUCAAAAUAGUAUAAUUCUCAUGUGUACGUUGAGAUAGUGGUGCAACACUCCAACUUCUUCAUUCAUAAGCAGGUAAUAUUUUCUGGUAAGACUUUUGCCCCAAAGCUGUAAUGUUCAAGGCAGCUCUUGAAAAAUAAAUCCUUGUGAUGGCAAUUUCUUACUGUCUACCUUGAUCAUUUCAGAGGAGUCCACUGCAUAAAUUACAGCUGCCUCUUCAAAAUAGUGUCCUGCUACUUUUGGAUAAAUUUUAAAAAAAUAUAGACUAUUAUGUGCCUUUUAUAGAGAGUAAUUCGAUCAAAACAUGGUAUUGUGGUACACUAAAGUAAAAGAGUGAAAUAAGUUCAAUUUGUACUUAACCAUCCAUCAGAUGAUCCCUCCUAUGUAUAUUGAAAUUGGUCUGUCAACUCUUUAGCAACAGCCAGUUAGCCCAUUGACCUCCCAUAAAAUAAGUUAGGUUUUUCUCUCUUUCUUUUUUCCCCUUUGGUUUCCACCCUUUGAAGGUGAAGACUAAACUCAGUGAAUGGCGUAAAGUUUACAUAGGCUUAGUUGUGAUUAUGUGCCUCCCUAUUGUUUGAUUUGUUCUUUACGCUGUAAUACUUAGCCACUUAGGACCAAUUUUCACAGAAACCCAUUUCUUCACCAUGAGCUCUUAUUUGCAAUUCUAGGUGCUCAAGAACCCUGAAUCCCAAGAAUGGUAUAUGAAAAAAUUAGGGCAGAUUCAUUUAUCAAUAAAUGUAAAAAAGAAGAAGCUUGAGCCUCAAGGUUGUAUACAUUUCUUCUAAUUUGGAUGAAGAAGGUUUUUCAUGGGAAGAGAAAAACACAAUUUGGAAAAGGUGGAAGAGAAUGAAAAAUCCAUUGGGAAUGAAACAACCUACAAAUCUACUGGGUAUGGCAAAAAAGGAAGAAAGAUAUGCUUCAAAAGAAAGAGAAUUAGAGAAUAGAUAAAACUUUGGAAAUAUUGAAGAUAAUAAUCCCAACUAUUGGGCGUCCAUGGUUAAUACUCUCAGCUAUAGAUUAUUACUGGGUGGUCCAAACUAGUAAGGGUCAUCUUUCGGUAAUAGUCCCUCGUGAAUGGACACUAGUUGUUACGAUCCAAAAUCACUUGGUCUAGAUUUUAAAAGGAUGCCAGAAGAUAUCAAGACUAUUCCUUCAUUGUUUAUUUUGUUUCAUAGAAUUAGUAAACAUCUAUUAACCGUAUAGUUUAUUGAUUAGAGUCAAUCAAUAAUGUUGAAAGAGUUGGUUGUACCAGAAAUAGAUUAUGCUUGAGUAAAUAGCAAUAAUACCAAAGUUCGGGCUCAACUUUUGAGCUUAUAUUAACCAACCUAACGGGUCACACCGGUCUGGUACUGGGAACCGGCCAGUUCUGGUCCUAACCGCUCCGGGACUUGGUCUGCCUCUAUGUGGUAGUGGUGCUGGAGAAGGAGUCAAGGAGGGAUUGUUUACUUUUUUUCUUCAUAAAGUCAUGUUUAGAUUAAGAUGUAUAUAUAGAUCAAGUGACAUUGUGAUGUCGAACUGUUUACUUUGGGUGCUGAAUGAGGUGUCUAAAUAAUGUCAAAUAACCAAUUUAUCCUUCCGUCGGGAACAUGUGUUGGACAUUAACCAUCAGUUCACUUUUCUGGUUAUUUAACAUAAUUCCGAAUGCCAAAAAAAUAUUAUACUAUGCAUUACUUCUUAAAAAAUCUCAUAACUAGCAUAAUUUCAUAAUAUUACAGCAUGGUAAAUUUAAGCAUCGACUACCAGCCUAUAUACGAUUUUAUUCUGCAAGUUAUAUGCUUUGUGUACCCCUUGUGUUCCAUCUACCUUUUCUCCACUUUUUUUGCCUUCACCUUGAAAAAGAAACUUAAAUGCCAGAAGUCAUAACAAAUAACAAAUCAUGGGAUAAAUUCCACAACUCAUACCCAAUUAAAAUUUAAAAAUAUAAAAUCAUGGAGGAGAUGACGCUGGCUAGUUGCUCCAGUGUGUA